CAUGAAGCAGCUGUCCCUUGGCAUGUCAGCGGGGAGCGUCAGAGACUUGCUACAGAAAAAGUUCAGAACUGAGCUGAGAACUGCUGUGUGCAGUUUCCAAAAAGGUUCUCAUCGCUCCUGUCUUUGACUAAACCUGGGACCUGCGCAGCCUCAACCAUGGCGGAUCAGUACCAGUACAACACCAACGAGGAGAAGAUUGUGAAGGACAGCCACACCAAGGAGAUCGAUCUGAUUAACAGAGACCCCAAACAAAUCAAUGAGGACGUGGUGAAGGUGGAGUUUGAGGAUGUAAUCGCAGAGCCUGAUGGCACACACAGCCUGGAUGGAGUGUGGAGGCUCAGCUACACUACUUUCACUGUGUCCAAAUACUGGUGCUACCGCGUCCUGUCUGCUGUCUUUGGCAUCCCAGUCGCUCUGCUCUGGGGCUUCCUGUUUGCCUGCAUCUCCUUCUGCCACAUCUGGGCCGUGGUUCCCUGCAUCAAGAGCUGUCUGAUUGAGUCGCAGUGCGUCAGCCGCAUUUACUCACUCUGCAUUCAGACCUUCUGUGAUCCUUUCUUUGAAGCUCUGGGCAAAAUUUUCAGCAGCGUCCGCGUGGCACUGCGCAAAGAAGUCUAAGAACUCACACUGCAGUUUGAAAUAUGACCAGAGAAAGUGUGGUAUGUUUUUUUUACAGCGGAAAAAUAAUCCAUCCCUGGCAUCUUGCUUUCCAACCGACUCAUCCUCGUCUCAUUGCAGCAUUCUGUUCUCCGCCCUCCAAAGUCUGAGCCAGAGAUCUAAAGCCUGACAUGCCCAGUGUGCAUUUAGCCAGCAGAAGUGCUGUGACAGCUGCAGCAGGCAGCAUGGUUCUCUGACAGCUCUGGCAGGUCUAGGUUGACCCAAGCAGAAGAAGGUCCACUGUCAUAAAGGGAAGCUCGGUUUUCAUGCCUACAAUGGUUUUAGAACACAUUAAAACCCAAUUUUGUGAUGCUAAAAAUGAGAUCAUGAAGAAUCAUUUAAAGAAUAUUUUUACUUCUAAUGUGGUAUAUGUCUUAUUAGAUCCAGAUGAAAAACAAACAAAUCUGUUAUUAGGAGAAAUGUAAAAAUAAAUAUCAGAAAUAAAGUUCAGCUGUUCUACUAGGACUUACAUGACAUUUGUUCACUUAAAUCCUUUAACAAAAGCCAGAGAGAUUACAAUUAUAUUUGCCAAAAGAUGUCAAUAAAAAUAUUUGCAGCAUCAAAGAUCAAAAACAAUAAUAACCAACAACAGAAAUAUUAAAUUAACAGUUUCCCACCAGAGAAGAUUGCGUCCUGAAAUUAAAUGAAGGAGAUUUCAAAACAGCAUCAGUCACUUACUUAUCAGGAGUUUUCACCUCAUUACCUUUUAACAGAUUUGUUAUUUUUCAGUUGAAUGACACAUCAUCAGUAUGAAAAGUUCGGAAAUUAUUUAUUGCAGAUUUAUUGUUUUGCAUCACAAAUCCUGACGUUUGUACAGAAAUGUGUCCAUUCUCAAGAGGCACUAUUUAUGUAUCCACUAGGAAAAGCAAGAAUUCACAAACAUGCAAAAAAUAUAUAACAUUAAUUAACAUCGCUCUAAAGAUAGAUUGUUGCAUUUAUGUUCUUUAAUUUGGUUCCUUUCAAAAGUUUCUGCAUUGUUUUGUUACUGAUUUACAUCAUGUUGUUCACUAUAUACCUCAAAGAAAUGAAAUGUAUUGUACACAACUACUUUGUCCUGUAUUUUGGAGUUGUUUGUAAGUGCUUUAUACAUGCUUCAUUUUCUGUCUAAUUUAUAAGGACCCUUUAUAAUGCAGUAUAGAAAAAGGAUUUUUUUUAAAAUAGAAAAAUUUCCCAGUCUGACAUGUACUUCAAGAUAUGACAUCUCUUAUAAUACUUUGUACUAUUUUGUAGUAAACAAACUCUUUAAAACUUGUAAUGUUCACAGUUAAGUAGAGUUUAGUCCAUGCAAUAAUUUAGUGUAUUUGCAAAAGCUUUAGAAAUCAUCCGCAACAAAGUUCUUUGGAAUUUCUGUCAUCCUGGAAGCACUGACCAGUGAACUGAGACCCACUAGAGGAUGCUGUUGUGUGUUUUCCAUGUGUUCUUUCAUUAGACCAUUUCUUAAUGGUUCACUGCCACCACACACUGCUUUGUUCAUAACAUUGUUGUUUUUCACUCUGCU